UAUCGAUAAAAUGAUGUUGAAUUUGGCAUUGUAAUUAUGUUUUAAUCAAUUUUAGAUCUGAUUUUUUUUUUUUCAUUUUUGUUUAUGCAAUUUUCUAAUCAUGUUUAUGGUUGUUGUUGAUGGUUUAUAAUGACAGCUGUUGAUUUAAUUUUUUUUAAUUAUUUCCGUGAUUCAUAAAAUUAAUAAAGAUUAAUUUAUUUUUGGUGAAACAUGCAAAUCAGCUGACUUUCAUUAAUGGUGAAAUCUAUGCCCUUUUGUUUAACUUAUGAAGAAGUAAUUGAUUUGUGCAUUUUGGCGGUGAACGUGGCGCAUGUUGGGUGACUUAUUAUUAUUCAUACCUUUUUUAUUUAAUUUAUUUUUGGUUCUAUGUUUCAUAGAUGUAUAGAAUAACUCAAUAAAGUAUUAAUUUUGUGGUGGUAGUUCUUAACUUUAUUUUUUCCCCGAAAAUUUGGUGGUUGAAUUAAUGAGUUAAUUUGUUUAUUUGGGUGCUUCUAAAGGUAGAAGCUUGACUUUUUCUUGUAAAUUUGUUUUUAACUAACUUGUCAAAAAUUAAUUCUUUCUUGAAAAUAUUCUAGCUAGGCUACAUCAAUUUUAAUAUGCAAUUGAAAAAUUAAUCACAAGCAAUUAUUGCAUGGUCGAAGAUCACUACCCGUGAGAGUUUGUUGAUUUCUUUGAUUAAUUUAGUCUUGCAAGUUUUAGUCUUUACCAUUAAUAACUGGGAUAUAAAAAGUGUGUCCCAUUUCUUAUAAACGACUAAGAAAAUGACAAUUAGUACUUGCAAUUUUUUAGUCAUGGAAAAUGAUAGUUUACCCAACCCCCAAUUACGUUAGAAAAAAGAAAAAUGUAUUUAUUUCAGGUGGUCUUUGUUUUGUUCCAAGAGCCAUACAUCAUACAUGUAUGUUAUUACAGUGACCUGAAAUAGUAUACGGGUCGGUCCAUAGAAAUGGUUUAGUUUAGUACUCCUCAUUAGCAUAAGUUUGGAAGUUUGUUCUUGGACAUUGCUUGAAAAUGACCAAGUUUCCACAAACAUUCAUGUCUUAAUCAUUAAAAUUUUACAUUAUUAAUUUAGUCAGCUGUUAUUUUCUUUCUUAAUCACAACGUUUUGUGAGUAUUAAUUAAUUAAAUAGAGCAUUAACUAAUUGCUAGCUGUAGCCUUUUAUGCUUUGCCUAAUUUAUGUCACACUCAAGUCUAGCUAAUAUUAUACAAGUAUAUAUUAAUGGUUAAUAUCAAUUUUAAAAUAUGAAUUAGUUAUCAAAUCAUGCUGCAUAUUCUAAUAAGUUUGUGCACCAAUCGUACUUGUAAUUGUUUGGCAAUAGAAUUUUAGACGCCUUUUUGAUUGUAGGAGUGUACUACUUAUAGGAAAAAGUUUAUAAAGGAGAAGACUUUGUGCAAGAUGUUUCAAAAAUUUCUUGGCUGUUAUUGACUUUCAGCCAAGUUACAUUGUCAAAAGUUUGAUCUAUAUUGAAUUUCAACUUUAUAUGUGUGAUUGUCAUGUUUAAUUAAUAUUUAAAGCCUUUCCAACUCAAGGGCUGCUGUGAUGAUAUGCAUAUAUACCUGCCUUGUCUUUUUCUCAAAUAUGCACAUUUCAACUGUUAUACUUCCUAUUAUUUAUGGUGUCAAUGAAUUAGUAUGUACUCCGUCCAUCCCAAAUUGCUAGCUAUCCACAUACGGUUGAUAAGAAUGGCCUUUCUAUGACUUGGAUAGAUUUGGAAAAAAACUGCAUAUCAUAUCUUCUUUGCAAUACAAAGGAAACUGAAAGCUGCUUAAUUAGCCCCUCGUCUAAACCCCCCCCCCCCCUCGGAAACGAAAGCUUGUUUUGGAGAACCCGACAAUUUAAACCCUAAUAAUACUUCCAUAGUUUGGAUAACCAUAAUGUGGAGGCUUAUUUUAGGUUGGAGAGAUUACGAUAUUUUCUGAUGGACUGUCUUCCAUCUUGGCCUUUACUAUUUCCUAAUGGUAUGGCUAUAGGAACAGGAUCAAACAAAUAAAUUAAACUUCCCUGUGUUAUUUAAGCUGGGAGGAAAUGAUUUGCAGCUAUCUUGUGUAAAUGCAGCUUAGGAUUCGAGAUGACAAGUCUCCAGGGAAUGUUUGCUUGAUGGACAGUUCUUCAAGUUGCAGCGAUAAGAAAACGUUAAAGAAGUGGUUUUUCAUCGAUAAGAGGGUUGGAUAGUUGAGCUUUUAGCUAAAUCAUCAUUUUCUUAGCUCAAUUUCUAUACUGAUUAGUUAAUACAUUUAUAUAAGAAGCCAAGUUAGUCUCCAGUUUUAAGGUACCCUUUACUAGCGAAACUGGAUUCGUUGGACAUGAUUUCAGGCCAAACCUCACCUGUUCUAGCUGAUCCCACUCCCAUCAAUGAGAGAGUAGGUAUUCAUCCAAGCCUAAUGCCUUACUCACAUACUGGAACAUCGUUCUCAAAGGGGUUGUAUAUACCAAUUCCUAAGAAAAAAUCUGGCAAGCUUGAAGAUGCUAUGUCUAGUGGUUGGUUAGAUGCCAUGAAGUCUUCGUCCCCUCCUCGCAAGAAGCUGCUAAAGGACUUCAAUAUUGGGGUUGCUUCAGACGACACUGAUUUUGUUUACUCUUCUUGGAUGAAGAAGCAUCCAUCUGCCUUGACUUCAUUUGAGCAAAUCUUCGGUUCUGCUGAGGGUAAGAAGAUUGCAAUUUUUUUGGACUAUGAUGGGACCCUUUCUCCCAUUGUCGACGACCCUGAUCGUGCACUUAUGUCUGAUGAUAUGCGCUCUGCUGUGAGAAAUGUUGCCAAGUAUUUUCCAACAGCGAUAAUCAGUGGAAGAAAUCGUGACAAGGUAUGUGAGUUGGUAGGUCUAGCCGAAUUACACUAUGCCGGUAGUCAUGGGAUGGAUAUAAUGAGCCCAGUGCACAAAGUGUCUGAUGGCAAUUCUAACACUAAUAACUCUACUGACAAUCAGGAUAAGGAAGUUAGUUUGUUUCAGCCUGCUAGUGAAUUUUUACCCAUGAUCGAUAAGGUUUUUAAAACCCUUGUUGACAUGACUAAGGAUAUUAAAGGAGCAAAAGUUGAGAACCACAAGUUUUGUGCAUCUGUACAUUACCGUAAUGUUGAUGAGAAAAAUUGGCCUACUAUUGCUCAGCUUGUUCAUGACAUUCUCAAAAGUUAUCCUCGCUUACAUUUAACUCACGGGCGAAAGGUUUUAGAGGUUCGACCCGUUAUUGAUUGGGAUAAGGGGAAAGCAGUCGAAUUUCUGCUUGAAUCCCUUGGCCUAAGUGAUUGUGACGAUGUGCUGCCGAUUUUCAUAGGAGAUGACAAGACUGAUGAAGAUGCAUUUAAGGUGCUACGGAAUGGAAACCAAGGUUAUGGUAUUCUAGUAUCCCCAAUCCCAAAAGAAACCAAAGCAUUCUAUUCUCUCAGGGACACUUCAGAGGUUAAGCAAUUUUUGGAGGUUUUAGUGCAGUGGAAGGAGCAGCACAGUACAAAGAGCAGCACAAAUUAAUUUAUAGGCUUUAUGAUUAUAUAUUUUUAGGCUAGUGAUAAGAAUUUUCAUUAUAUGCAGCAAAGGCUGCCUGCAUUUUUCACAAGUUCCAGUUGAAGCCUGUGAUCUUAGUUUCUUCUUUUCUAAGCUUUUAUUUUUUUGAAAAUUUUCCAUGUCUUUCCCACCUUCACAAGUAAAUGUAUGUUUAAGGGUGGAGAGCAAUCUCAAUUAUAAUCUUUGUCAAGUGAUUAAUCCCAAGGCUUUUGUGUUUGUUGUA